GAACGACUUUCAUUUUGUUUUUCUCGCUGAAACUGAAAGGCGGUGAUUGAGUGAAGUAUUGUUUUUCAUCGGUUGCAUCGAAUAGUGCAAAACAAGCGGAAUUUUUUCAAAUACAAUUGCGUGUACACUACGGAAAACGUAACGUGUAAAAAAUAAAUGCAUAAAAAAUAAUAAGUUGAAAAUUGAAAGAUUAAUUUUCUUUUAAUAAAGGAAGCGAAAAAGUAGAAGUUGAAAGUGAAAGAGGAAAAGAAAGAAAUAGAUAGCCGAAGCGAAAUCUUGGAGAAAAGUAACGGAAGAAGAAGAAAUUGUGCGGUGUGCAUUUCUAUGUUGAACGCCGUGAAAGACGAAAGAAAAAGCAAGCCAGCUACUGGUACUAGAGAAAGGAGCAGAGCAGCGUGUGCUUAAUAAAAAAGUAUUGAAAAAGAGAAAUUCCCAACGUUUCCACAUUAAAGCAACAAUAAUCAAAUAGAAGUAGCGGAAACGCUCUCGUGAGUUGAAUUACUGAUCGCGCAAUACGACGGCAUGCAGAUCUGAUCACAACUGUGCCCUGUACACCAGCAUAUGCAAGCAAUAGUCCGAAAGAAAAGCCAACGUGAGAGCAAUUUGGUUUUCGUAUUUGAUUAUUUUGUAUUUGAGUGCGACUAUUGCGAAUUCUCUGCGCGCUCAAAAGUGAAAGAAAAAUAAGAAACGAAAAACAAAAAAAAAUAAUAAUAUUUAAACUCUGAAAAGAUCAACAGCACUAUUUGUCGAAAACCAACAACUAAAUACGUGUAACGCGAAUUAAAUCUGAAAACGGUGGAGCAGCAGCAGCAUCAGCAACAGUAACAGCACAAGACUAGCAACUGAAAAUACCAACAAAACUUCCGAUACACAGUAUAAUAGUUUGCAUUGCGAUUUUGUGGAGCGCCCAUGAGUGUGAAGUAGUUGUUUGUAUUGGAGUAAAGGCACUGUGUGAUUUUGUAUAACUCUUGUUGUCGUCUCUUGACCCAUAUUGGACUAUAUAUUUCACAAAGCAGAGUUGCAGCUUUGGCAAUAAAACAAUUAGAAUUUCAAUAAAUUGAAAAAAAAAGAAAUAAACGCUUUUGGAAACUCUUACAACUUAAAUUCACCGAUUAUUAUAACUGACCCCGAGCAACGUCAUAAGGGCGCUGUGCUGUACGAUAUAAUUAUUAUAAAUUUUCCUGUCUGCGUUCGUAAAUAAAAACAAAGCCGCUUUAAUGAUGUCGUCUGAUCAACAGUUUUUCCUAAAAUGGAACGAUUUCCAAACGAAUAUGGUGACCUCGUUCCGGCACCUGAGGGACGAGAAAAGUUUUACAGAUGUAACCCUUGCCUGCGAAGGACAAACUUGCAAAGCGCACAAAAUGGUGCUAUCCGCAUGUAGCCCGUAUUUCAAAGCUCUUUUGGAGGAAAAUCCCUCGAAACAUCCCAUAAUUAUUUUAAAAGAUGUCUCAUAUAUACAUCUGCAAGCUAUAUUGGAGUUUAUGUAUGCCGGCGAAGUAAAUGUGUCGCAAGAACAAUUGCCGGCCUUCUUGAAAACUGCUGAUCGCCUCAAAGUGAAAGGUCUGGCAGAAACUCCCAGUUCUAUAAAACGGGAAGGUUGAUGGUGGUAAAUAAUUAAAAUAUAAUAAAAAAAAUAUGAAAAGAUACGACUAUAUAUAAUAAAUACAAAUAAAAAAAAAAAAACAAAAUAUACACCUACAACUAAAAAUAAGGAAUGAUUAUAAUUUUAAAUAAAAGUAAAUAAAAAAGCAGAAUUAAACUUA